CCUCCUCUUCCUGGGUCUCCAGCGGGAAGCCCAGCCUUGUCUCCCUCCCUCCUUGCUUCAGUCAGGAGAGAAGAGGCACCCGCUGCUGCUGCUUCUUCUUCCCCUCAGAAGGGCCGCUUCGUGGAUGGACCAAGGCGGGCUCUGGGGAGGAGCGGCUCUUAAUACAAAAUAUGUUGUUGGCCUUGGCACCAAGUGAUUGAAGGGGAACAGAAGAAGCCCCCACCUCAUUGAUGACAACAUGGGAAAUACAACUACUAAAUUCCGUAAAGCACUUAUAAAUGGAGAUGAAAGUUUAGCCUGUCAAAUAUAUGAGAGCAACCCUCAACUUAAAGAAUCUCUAGAUCCCAACAUUUCUUAUGGAGAGCCUUACCAGCAUAACACUCCGUUACAUUAUGCAGCUAGGCAUGGCAUGAAUAGAAUAUUAGGGACUUUUCUCUUUGUGAGAGAUGGUAAUCCAAAUAAACGAAAUAUACACAAUGAAACAUCUAUGCACUUGCUUUGUAUGGGACCUCAAAUUAUGAUAUCAGAUGGAGCUCUUCAGCCUCGUUUGACACGGCCUUUCGAAGAUGAUUUCAGAAGAGCAGAUUGCCUGCAGAUGAUACUGAAAUGGAAAGGAGCAAAGCUUGACCAAGGCGAAUAUGAAAGAGCAGCUAUUGAUGCUGUUGAUAACAAAAAAAAUACACCUCUGCACUAUGCGGCUGCCUCAGGAAUGAAGACCUGCGUUGAGCUUCUAGUAAAACAUGGUGGAGACUUGUUUGCUGAAAAUGAAAAUAAAGAUACCCCAUGUGACUGUGCAGAGAAGCAGCAUCACAAAGAGCUGGCACUUAAUCUAGAAUCCCAGAUGGUGUUCUCACGAGAUCCCGAAGCUGAAAGCAUUGAAGCAGAAUAUGCCGCUUUAGACAAAAGAGAGCCAUAUGAAGGGCUACGACUUCAGGACCUAAGAAGGCUCAAAGAUAUGCUGAUUGUUGAAUCUGCUGAUAUGCUUCAAGCCCCUCUGUUUACUGCAGAAGCUUUGCUUCGAGCACAUGACUGGGACAGGGAGAAGUUACUUGAAGCUUGGAUGUGUAAUCCAGAAAACUGCUGCCAACGUUCAGGGGUUCAGAUGCCAACUCCUCCCCCAAGUGGAUAUAAUGCUUGGGACACACUUCCUUCACCAAGGACUCCUCGAACUACUCGCUCUUCUAUUACUUCCCCAGAUGAAAUUAGUCUCUCACCAGGAGAUGUUGAGACAACUAUGUGUGAAAUUUGCAUGUGCAAUAUUUCUAUAUUUGAAGACCCAGUAGAUAUUCCUUGUGGACAUGAGUUUUGCAGAGCAUGUUGGGAAGCAUUUUUGAAUAUGAAAAUUCAAGAGGGUGAAGCCCACAAUAUUUUUUGCCCAGCGUAUGAUUGCUUCCAGCCUGUUCCAGUAGAGAUCAUAGAAAGUGUGGUUUCCAAGGAGAUGGAUAAACGUUACCUUCAGUUUGAUAUUAAGGCCUUUGUCGAAAAUAAUCCUUCUAUUAAAUGGUGUCCGACACCAGGCUGUGAAAGAGCAGUCAGGCUAACAAGACAAGGGUCUAAUACAUCUGGUUCAGAAGCCCUAAGUUUCCCAUUGCUAAGAGCUCCUGCUGUGGAUUGUGGGAAAGGGCAUCUGUUUUGCUGGGAAUGUCUGGGUGAAGCACAUGAACCUUGUGAUUGUGAAACAUGGAAAAACUGGCUACAGAAGAUAUCAGAAAUGAAACCGGAAGAACGUAAGAAUGUUGUGGGAGUUAGUGAGGCUUAUGAAGAUGCAGCCAACUGCUUAUGGUUACUCACCAACUCUAAACCAUGUGCCAAUUGCAAGUCUCCCAUUCAGAAGAAUGAAGGGUGCAACCAUAUGCAGUGUGCAAAGUGUAAAUAUGACUUCUGCUGGAUUUGCCUUGAAGAAUGGAAGAAGCAUAGUUCUUCCACUGGAGGAUAUUACAGAUGUACUCGCUAUGAAGUAAUUCAGCAUGUAGAGGAACAAUCAAAGGAAAUGACAGCUGAGGCUGAAAAGAAACACAAAAGAUUUCAAGAACUCGAUAGAUUUAUGCAUUAUUACACCAGGUUUAAGAAUCACGAACUCAGCUAUCAGUUAGAACUGCGCCUUCUCAAAACAGCCAAAGAAAAGAUGGAGCAACUGAGUAGAGCCCUCAGUGGACCAGAAGGAGGAUGCCCAGAUACCAUGUUCAUUGAAGAUGCUGUUCAAGAACUUCUCAAAACCCGCCGCAUCCUAAAGUGUUCUUACCCCUAUGGAUUCUUUUUAGAACCAAAAAGCACAAAGAAGGAAAUAUUUGAACUUAUGCAGACAGACCUUGAAAUGGUAACAGAGGACCUUGCCCAGAAAGUGAACAGGCCUUACCUUCGUACUCCUCGUCACAAAAUCAUUCGUGCUGCCUGCCUUGUGCAGCAGAAGAGGCAAGAGUUCCUCGCCUCCGUCGCCCGAGGAGUUGCUCCAGCAGAUUCCCCAGAAGCUCCGAGGCGCAGCUUUGCUGGUGGAACAUGGGAUUGGGAAUACUUAGGAUUUGCAUCUCCUGAGGAAUAUGCUGAAUUUCAGUAUCGGAGGAGACACCGGCAGCGGCGGCGCGGAGACAUGCACAGCCUGCUUAGUAAUGCUCCGGACCCUGAGGACCCCAGUGAGAGCACCCUAGAAACCCAAGAAGCUGGCAGUAGUAACAGAAGGCAUGGAAAUUCCAUGGUGAGUUCAGCUUCCAUGAGUAUUCUUCACAGCUCUUCUCUUCACGACUAUACUCCUGUUAGUCAUUCUGAAAACCAAGAUUCUUUGCAGGCUCUGAGUUCCUUGGAUGAAGAUGACCCAAACAUCCUGCUUGCUAUUCAGUUGUCAUUGCAAGAAUCUGGUUUGGUUAUUGAUGAGGAAACCAGAGACUUCCUGACCAAUGAAGCUUCCUUGGGAGCAAUUGGUACUUCUUUGCCUACAAGGUUGGACUCGGGUCCCAUAAACAUAGAUAACCCAAGAGCAGCUCUGAGCAGCUCUGAACUUUUAGAACUUGGCGAUAGUCUAAUGAAGCUAAGUGCAGAUAGUGAUCCCUUUUCUGCCGACCAUCUUAGUUCUCACACCUUCAGUGAUGCAAGGAGUGGCUUGUACUCAACGUCUAGCGAAGCUGACUCAAGUAGCCAAGACCCCAAUAUAAACGAAAACCUCCUUGGGAACAUAAUGGCCUGGUUCCACGACAUGAAUCCUCAGAGUAUUGCACUAAUCCCUUCUGCAAGUACAGAAACAGAUGAGGAUUCACAGCAACCCAGUACUGAAGAAGGGUCAGUGGAGCAACCCCAUCUUCCAGAUCUGAGGCAGGAUCCUCUGGAGGAACAUGCGCUUUUUGAAGACGAGCUCAAAAACGAAGGCAGAGGCACCCAAACCGAAGAGGGCACCGCUGCUGCUGUUGGGGACCUUGUUACCGGAGAAGCUUUACCACAAAGUGGGGACACAGGUAGUGAGGCGGCCGGCCAAGCCGACGCUUCAGGAGAUGUUUCAAGUCAGACAUCUCAGACCUUGCCUGAAUGGACUGAACACUCACAUUUGGUGUGAUCACAAAGAAGUCUGAACAUAGGAUUACGGUUAUGGAGCCAGAAUGGCUAGGCAGUGUCCAGUGGUACAUGACGUGGAGUAAGUGUCCUGAAGACUAUGGUCCAUGUUAGCAGAGCUUGGUUGUUUGCCAGUGGUCUCGAGAGAUGAAAUAAGUAGGAAUUCCCCUGAAGUUCUUUCUGGUGGUUUUUUGAACUUUUCAGGGAAUUUCCAUUACAUUUGGCAGUAAGUGUCUUGCUUGCAUUGAAGAGAGAGGAAUGAUCUGUUCUCCACAUGUCUAAUACAAUGCAGCAUCUAUUUAGCCUUAGACUGGCGAUCCUUAACUUGAAAGUAUGGAUUAAAGGCUUACUGAGACUAAUUUGGGUUAUUGGUCAUAAUAAAACAUUUUCUCUUCCCUCUUUAUUUGAAUUGUAUUUUGACAAAACAAAGUUUGGCAGUGUAUAUUAACACCUUGCUUUUCCACAGCAUUUCCCUAACUAAUCUUGAUCUUGCUGAGGUAUGUAAUACUUCUUUCUAUUGCUGCUUGACAACCAAGAAAUGGGUAGUCUUUUCUAAACAAAACCAACUUUUUAAUGUCUAUUUACAGUAAGGCCCCAUCUACACUGCCGUAUAAUGCAGUUUGAACUUCAUUACAUGAUCAGUGUAGACUCAUAUAAUGCAGAUUGAACUGCAUUGAACUAGGUUAUAUGAGUCUGUAUUGCUCUAAUCCACUUCAAUCUGCAUUAUAAUGGCAGUGUAGAUGGGGGGCCUAAGAUGUGCCAAACUGUGAAUAGCAAACCAAUUUCAACAACAGUACAAAAGUAUACAGUAUUGCUCUUGUAAAUCUACCCAUGAUUGUUAACGACGGAAAGACCACUUGAAAGAAUUGUUUUUUUUCCGAAUUUAACUGGCAUUUAUUGCCAUGGUGACUGCAUUAACAUAAGGUACAGGUUAAGUUAAUUAAGCUCAAUUCCACUGUAAAGAACAGUUAUUUUAAACGCUUGAUUAGCAGCACAUAUGCUGUACAGAAAGACACUUUAAUGGAAGUGCAAUCUUAGUUGUUUUCAUAAUUAACAAUACAUCCUCUGCACUAAUAGUGCAAUUAGUAAUGGUAACAUUUUAUAAGGAUGUUUGAUUUUUUUAGUUAAGAGGCAGUCCCACAAAAAAGGUUUAAUAAUAAAACAUAUUACAUGCAACACGUUACUGUGCCUUUGCCUAACCCAAAUUAAUAGUUGCCACAGUUUAAAUGAGUUAUAGUUAUCUGUUCUGGAGUUUACUAUGCUAUGAAUUGCAAAAACCUCCAUAAAAACCACUCAUGGCCUUGCCUUUCCAAUUAAUUAUUACAAAGGGUACAAUCCUUUCCCAUCUAGGUGCAUUGCUCACCCAUAGAAGGAACCCAUUUGGCUCGGAUGAGUCUUCUUCCCCCAACCCCAGCUUAGCAUGCAAGGGCCGUGUGCCUCCCAUAUUUUUAUCCUGCCCUCCUGCACUUCUCAGCCAAAUUACUUGAGAAGUAACUUGGUUCAAUAGAGCAGGAAUGGUAGGAAUAGGACAAGUGCACACACUGAGCAGAAGGAUUGAAACAGGGCUUUAAAAAGGAUCCCUUUGUAUGCAGAUCCCUCUGUAUGAAGCUGCUGUGUCCACUGUCCACCUAGGGAAGUGUUGUAUCCCAGAUGUUCAAAGUUUUAUAUAAAGGAACAAAACACUACUGUGUGUUCUUUCAAUUGCACAACGUCUGUUUGGUGUAUGGUUGCUGUUUCAUGUAAAAAAAUAAAGAAGAAACCCCAUCCUUAGUGGUGUCCUACUGUAAAGAAAAUUCUUGUUGAGACGGGCUUCAAAGUGUCAAACCUCAUUGUAAUUUACAGUGAUGUAAUUUUAACUAGAAGAAAUUGUUCGGAUUACUGUUUUGCUCACAUGUAAUCAAAGCCUAGGGUGUCACAAGCAAAAUAAGUGAAAUGCUCCAUUUUUAUGUUUAACUUGAUAUGAGAGAUCUGCUGAUGUCUGAAAUAAAGGUUUCUCACUACUGACUAUGUACAGUUAAGUAUUAUGAUGGCAAAUAAGGUUGUAUGUAUAUUGAUUAAUGUGAGUUACAAGAAAAAAAGUGUUACUCCUUUUCAUUUAACAAUUACUAUUGGAAUCUCGCAGACCCUGCAGCUCAUAAUACUAAAUAACUACAUAUUAAUUAUUUACUCAAAAAAAAAUCAGAAGAAAAUAAGUUUCUCCUGGACAUUUCUUUAGAAAGAAUAGUCUGCUGCUCUAUUACUGUAUUCUGUAGAUCCAUUACAUUUUCUAGCUUAGCUCCUGAUUACCCUGUCCUGAAAGUAUUGAUGCCGAAUUCCUCUUUUCCAGACUCGGAAAAUAAUCUAUUUAAACAUUUGUUUGGGAUAUAAUCCUUGAAACCUAAAAUUGGUCUUAAAAAUUCUGUCCUCCUUAAUUGGUCUUUUACUUUAAUUUGAAAUGCACAUACAAUUUCCUUAAGUUUUCAUUUCUAAGUAGGAUGAUUCUCACACACAUUUUGUGUAGUGCAUUAAGAUGUCUUGCAAAGUUAAGAAAAGAUUUGUAUGAGUGCUCUCUGUGAUGAUAGUGGUCUGUGGGUUCUGGUUUUUCUGUAACUUGGUUUAGAUUGUGCAUAUAUUUCAUAGUUUCUGUGUUAACUUUAUUCUGAGCAUGAAAUUUAACAUAUUUGUAUUUUCCUGCUACAUAUUUAAAAUUUAAGACCACCCCAGUUAUUGAAUUUACAAUUCAGAAAGAAAUUUUGGCAAGCCUAUUUUAUAAACCAGUUUAAUUUUAUAAUGUAAAAAAGUACUCUAAUCUUGAAAAUGCUAUUUGCACUUUCAUAGUCUAUACUUGAUACAUUCCCACUUUAUAUACAAUAGAAUAUUACAACCAUGUAGAUGUUUGGCCAAAUGAAUGCUGUUAAUAAUAUGUAAAAUUCUUUGAUUAAACAUUUAUUACUUAAACUAA